AUGGCAGAUAUAGAAUUUGAAAUAGAGGAUGAAACUGAGUCGCCUAAUGUACCAGAAACAGCCAAUGCACAGGAAACAAUCUUUGCAAAUAACAUUACGAUAGGGCAAGAUAAUGAACCUAUUUUGACCAAAAAAGAACUAUACGCAUGGUACCUUUAUGCAUUUGCCUGCGAAGUGUAUUCAGUUGUAUCAUUAUCAAGCUUCAUACCAUUGAUCUUGGAACAAUUUGCUUCUGAACAAGGUGUUCUCAACAUUAAUCAUGAAAUCGCUUGCAAAAACUCCACUGAACUUAGAACUUUUGAAGAAGUACGCUGUGUAGUCAACAUUUUUGGGUUAUGGGUUGAUACAGCCUCGUUUAGCUUAUACACAUUUUCAUUUAGUGUAAUUCUACAAGCUAUUACCGCAAUAUCUAUCGGUGCAACAGCUGAUCACGGUUCAAUGCGUAAAACUUUAUUAAUAAGUUUUGCUUUGGUUGGAAGUGUAUCUGCCAUGUUAUUUUUAUUUGUCACUUCUUCUAUGUUCUUACUUGUCGCGAUAAUUGCUAUUAUAGGGAAUGUCUGUUUUGGUGCCUCAUUUGUUUGUUUUAAUGGGUUUUUACCAGUUUUGGCAAGAAAUCAUCAAGAUGUAAGAAUAAUUUCUGACAAAGUAAAAUUACAUAUAACUAAAAAAUCAAAGUUAUCAAAUGAUCAACAACUUUCUUAUUUGGAUGAUGACAAUAUCAGUGAUCAAUCAACCACCAGACUUUUACAUAUUGAUGAUAAUUCCGAUAUUGUAUUAUAUAAUCUUUUGAAUGAACUAGCAAAAACUAAAGAAAAAAUUUCAACUCAUAUAUCUGCUCGUGGUUUUGCAUCUGGUUAUUUUGGUGGAAUAAUUCUUUUAUGCAUUUGUUUUAUUAUUGCUUUUAGUUUACAUUCCUCUGCUUUUAGCCUUCAAAUUGGUGUAUUUUUAUCUGGAACAUGGUGGUUUUUAUUUUCUUUACUUGUUGCUAAAUGGUUACGACCAAGACCUGGUCCUCCUUUAUUUUUGGUUGAGGGAAUAAAAAUAAGAUGGUACGAUUAUGUUAUAUACUCUUGGAAACAAUUAUGGAAGACCAUCUUGCAAGCAAGAAAGUUGAAAAUGACUUUUAAAUUCUUGAUCGCUUGGUUUUUUAUUUCUGAUGGAUAUACCACAAUAUCUUCGGUGGCGUUGUUAUUUGCUAAAACAACUUUACAAGUUCCAGCCGUGGGUCUAAUUGCUAUUUCUUUAAUAGUUCCACUAGCUGCUUUAUUUGGAACUAUAAUGGUACCAAAAUUUCAGUCAUGUUUCAGACUAACAACAAAACAAACUGUUAUAUUAUUAAAUGUUUUAUUAUUAUGUAUUCCUAUUUAUGGUUGUUUGGGUUUUGUUUUACCAUUUGGUGGUUUGAAAUCUGGUACAGAACUAUAUUAUUUAGCUAUUUGGUUUGGAAUAGUUAUUGGUUCUAUUCAAAGUUAUUGUAGAACUUUAUUUAGUGAAUUGGUUCCUCAGGGUAGAGAAACUGAAUUUUUUGCUUUGUAUGCAGUUACUGAUAAAGGUUCAAGUUGGUUGGGUCCAACUUUGGUUGCCAUCAUUACUGAUAUUACGCGAGAAAUUCGAUUUGGAUUUGUAUUAUUAUUUUUCCUUGUUUUAUUUCCUAUACCUAUUCUUUUGUCUUUGAAUGUUACUAAAGGAAAAGAAGAUGCUGAUAAGGCUUCUAAUAAACAUUUAUAUAUGAACUAG